UUGAUUUUUGACUCUGUCGACGAAACUCCAACCCCAUCGCUUGGGGCGGGAACCUCCCAAAAUAUAUAGAAAAUCUCCUCUAUCUGGAAGGAAAAUUAGAGGGAGUGCAGCAGAUUGCUUCCAACUUUGUUCCUUCCUUGUUUCCAAAUUCCUUCUUCGCCAUCUUUGCCGACCUGGGAAAUUACGAGAGACGUUGCUCGCAAAAUGGCCCUUAGGCAGGGUUCCAAAGUGUGGGUGGUUGACAAGGAUUCCGCCUGGGUUGCAGCUGAAGUUCUUGAUUUCGCAGGAAAACAAGUUCAAGUCCUCACUUCUUCCGGAAAAAAGGUGUUGGUCGUGCCUGAUAAAUUGCUGCCGCGGGAUGCCGAGGGGGACCUUGGAGGAGUGGACGACAUGACCAAACUGACGUAUUUGAAUGAACCUGGCGUUCUUGACAAUCUCCAGAGAAGAUAUGCUCUCAAUGAAAUAUAUACGUACACUGGGAGUAUUUUGAUUGCAGUCAACCCAUUCACAAAGCUUCCUCAUUUAUACAAUAUGCAUAUGAUGGAGCAGUACAAGGGAGCACCAUUUGGUGAACUGAGUCCCCAUGUGUUUGCUGUGGCUGAUGCAUCUUAUAGAGCAAUGAUGUCCGAUGGUUGUAGUCAGUCUAUUCUGGUUAGUGGAGAAAGUGGGGCUGGAAAAACUGAGACUACUAAGCUAAUAAUGCAAUAUCUCACUUAUGUUGGUGGUCGUGCUGCCGAUGAUGACAUAACGGUUGAACAACAAGUUCUGGAGUCAAAUCCACUUUUGGAAGCAUUUGGCAAUGCAAGAACCCUCAGAAAUGAUAAUUCAAGUCGCUUUGGUAAGUUUGUUGAGAUCCAGUUUGACCCAAAUGGAAGAAUUUCAGGAGCAGCGAUAAGAACAUACCUUCUUGAACGAUCUCGUGUUGUUCAAAUAACUGACCGUGAGAGAAAUUACCACUGUUUCUAUCAAUUGUGUGCAUCCGGAAGGGAUGCAGAAAAGUACAAUCUAGGCCAUCCCAGCGAGUUUCAUUACUUGAAUCAGAGUAAGACUUAUGACUUAGAUGGAGUGAGCAAUGCUGAAGAAUAUGCAAAAACGAGAAGGGCAAUGGAUAUUGUCGGCAUCAGUGACAUUGAGCAGGAAGCAAUAUUUCGAACCUUGGCUGGUAUUUUACAUCUGGGAAAUGUAGAGUUUUCUCCUGGAAAAGAGCAUGAUUCAUCAGUUGUCAAGGAUCAGAAGUCUAAUAUUCAUCUGCAGAUGGCUGCUGAUCUUUUUAGAUGUGAUGUUAAUCAUCUGAUAGCCACACUUACAACACGGUCUAUUCAAACUCAUGAGGGGAUAAUUGUCAAAGCUCUGGACUGCAAUGCUGCGCUGGCUGGUCGGGAUGCUUUGGCAAAGACCAUAUAUUCUCGGCUGUUUGAUUGGCUUGUUGAGAAGAUAAACAAAUCUGUCGGACAAGAUCAUGAUUCUAAGAUACAGAUUGGAGUCCUUGACAUUUAUGGGUUUGAGUGCUUUAAGGCGAACAGUUUUGAGCAGUUUUGCAUUAACUUUGCAAAUGAGAAGCUCCAACAACAUUUUAAUGAGCAUGUGUUUAAAAUGGAGCAGGAGGAGUAUCAAAGAGAAAAAAUCCAAUGGAGCUAUAUUGAGUUUAUUGACAACCAAGAUGUUUUGGAUUUGAUAGAAAAGAAACCCAUAGGAAUAAUUGCUCUGUUGGAUGAAGCUUGCAUGUUUCCCAGAUCAACCCAUGAAACCUUUGCAAACAAGCUAUUUCGGAACUUUCGGUCCCAUCCACGUUUAGAGAAAGCCAAGUUUUCUGAAACUGACUUUACUAUAUCUCAUUAUGCUGGCAAGGUGAACUACCAGACGGACACAUUUUUAGAGAAAAACCGGGAUUAUGUUGUGGUGGAGCAUUGUGAUUUAUUAGCUUCUUCCAGAUGCUCUUUUAUAGCAGGGCUUUUUCCUCCUUUACCAGAAGAAUCUUCUCGAUCAUCAUAUAAGUUUUCAUCGGUGGCCACUCGAUUUAAGCAACAACUUCAAGCUCUUAUGGAAACCCUCAGUUCAACAGAGCCUCACUACAUUCGGUGUGUGAAGCCAAACUCACUAAAUAAACCACAUAAAUUUGAGAAUCAGAGCAUCCUACACCAGUUGCGAUGUGGGGGUGUUUUAGAGGCUGUCCGCAUAAGUUUGGCUGGAUACCCCACACGAAAAACUUAUCAUGAGUUUGUGGAUCGGUUUGGCAUACUUGCAUUAGAUAUCAUGGAUGAAUGUUAUGAUGACAAAACCAUGACUCAGCAUAUACUGCAGAGAUUAAAGCUUGAGAAUUUUCAGUUGGGGAAGUCCAAGGUUUUCCUUAGGGCUGGUCAAAUUGGCAUAUUAGACUCACAUCGUGCUGAGGUUUUAGAUUUGGCAGCCAAACGUAUUCAGGGCCGCCUGCGAACAUUUCUCACCCACAGGGAUUUUGUUACAAGUCGUGCAGCUGCAAUUUCACUGCAAGCCUGUUGCAGAGGUCAUUUUGCUCGAAAGAAGUUCUCUUCAAUGCGGGAGAACGCUGCUGCCAUUGUUAUUCAGAAAUAUUUCAGAUGGUGGUUUUUCAGGCAUGCAUAUUUGCAGCUCAGUUCAGCUUCUUUAUUUAUACAAGCUAGCAUCCGUGCCUUUUCUACUCGCCAGAAGUUUUUGUAUAGGAAGGAACACAGAGCUGCAACUCUUAUCCAGGCUUGUUGGAAGAUGUUCAAGGUCCGUUCUCGUUAUCGUAAUCGUCAGUCAAGCAUUAUAUCAAUACAGUGCCUCUGGAGACAAAAGGUUGCAAAGAGAGAACUCAGGAAGCUUAAGAAGGAGGCUAAUGAGGCUGGCGCAUUGCGAUUGGCGAAAGGCAAACUGGAGAAGCAAAUAGAGGAUCUUACUUGGAGAUUGCAUUUGGAGAAAAAGAUAAGGGUGUCUAAUGAUGAGGCUAAACUAGUAGAAGUGUCCAAACUUCAAAAGGCUGUAGAAUCUUUGACAUUGGAACUAGAUGCAGCCAAGCUUGCAACCCUUAACGAGUUCAAUAAGAAUAUGGUUUUACAGAGGCAACUUGAAUUGUCAACUAACGAAAGAACUGCACUAGAGAGAGAUGUUUUUUCUGUUACUGAAUUGAAAAAUGAAAAUACAAUUUUGAAGAAUUCCCUUAGUGCAUUAGCUGAGAAAAACUCUAUGCUGGAGGCUGAGCUCUCCCAAGCUAAAGAAGAUGCAAGAAGUACCAUUGCAAAAUUGAAGGAUGUUGAAACCACAUGUUCACAACUCCAGCUAAAUUUGCAAAGUAUGCAAGAUAAGUUGUCAAAUCUAGAGGACGAGAAUCAUGUUCUUCGCCAAAAGGCAUUGAAUGUCUCUCCCAAUAGUAAUGGAGGUGGAUAUGCCAAACCACUCCCUGAACAGCGGUUUUCUGGAGCACUUCAUACCUCUGCUGAACACAAGUCUUAUGAAUCACCUACCCCAUCCAAAUACAUUCGUCCACUGGCUCAAGGAUUUUCUGAAUCUUACAGAACAAAGUUGGGAAUUGAAAGGCAUCAGGGAAAUCGAGAAUUACUUUUGCACUGUAUUAAAGAGAAUCUAGGCUUCAAGGAUGGCAAACCAAUCGCGGCCUGUGUCAUAUACAGAUGUCUACUUCAUUGGAAUGCCUUUGAGUCUGAAAGAACUGUUAUAUUUGACUUCAUAAUCGAGAGCAUCAAUAAUGUUUUGGAGGCUGGUGAUAGGGAUGGUGCUUUUCCUUACUGGUUAUCCAAUGCAUCUGCUCUCUUGUGCCUUCUCCAACGGAACUUACGAUCAAAUGGGUUCCUUACUUCUGGGCAUCAAUAUACGGCAGGCUCUACAUUUGUGAAUGGAAGGCUACUGCAAGGAACAAAGUCUGCUUUAAGACGUAUUGGAUUAGAAGAUGCUUUAUCCCAUAUGGAAGCAAAAUUUCCGGCUCUAUUGUUCAAACAACAAUUGACGGCUUGUGUGGAGAAGAUAUUUGGCUUGAUCCGUGACAAUUUGAAGAAGGAAAUAUCUCCAUUACUGGGACAAUGCAUUCAGGCACCAAAAAACCAACGAGUUCAUGGUGGAAAGUCAACCAGAUCUCCUAGUGGCAUUGCUCAACAAUUACCAAGUACUGAGUGGGAUAGCAUCAUCAAAUUCUUAGACUCAUUAAUGAGUCGGCUGCAAGAAAACUAUGUUCCUUCAUUUUUCAUCAGGAAGCUCAUUACACAGGUCUUCUCCUUUAUCAACAUACAGUUAUUUAACAGUCUUCUGCUUAGACGGGAAUGCUGCACCUUUUCAAAUGGUGAAUAUGUCAAAUCUGGUCUAGCUGAAUUGGAAAAAUGGAUAGUCAAUGCAACAGAAGAGUUUGCUGGAACCUCUUGGCAUGAGCUAAACUUCAUUAGACAGGCUGUUGGAUUUUUGGUUAUACAUCAAAAGAGGAAGAAAUCUUUAGAAGAAAUAAGACAGGAUCUCUGUCCGAAAUUGACUGUAAGACAAAUCUAUCGGAUAAGCACAAUGUACUGGGAUGAUAAAUAUGGGACUCAAAGUGUCUCAACUGAGGUUGUAGCUCAGAUGAGAGAGAUUGUGAGCAAGGAUUCACAAAAUCUGUCGUCAUCCAAUUCAUUCUUAUUGGAUGAUGACUUGGGCAUUCCAUUCACCACAGAAGAUGUGUACAUGGCAAUUCCUGGAAUUGACCCUUCGGACAUAGAGCUUCCGCAGUUCUUUUCUGAAUACCCGUUGGCACAGUUACCAAUACCGCCUCCCCAAGUAAAUGUUUAGCUAUUCAUUUUUUAUGACAUAGCUGUUCAUAAAGGUUCUGCUUCAAGUGGGUUGGAUUUUUUUGGCGGGUUCCAGUGAGCUGAUGGAUUGCACUGAAAAUGAAAAGAACUAAUCAUGUUGAUCAGUGACGUUAGAUCAUUAUUGGAUCACACGGGUAGAAAAGCACAAAUGGCUGUACAAAAGAUAGGUAGAAAACAUACUGGAAAUGCUGAACUAUUAUUUUGUUACAUUAUUCAUAUCAUGUUGUUAGUGCGAUAAGUUGUAUGCUCAUUUCUAAUUC